AUGGCUACAUCGCCAUUGACCAUUCAAUCAACACCCCCGCGAAACCCCCUCCAAAUCAAAGAGCAACCCGACAAGGACCAAGGUUUCCCGAUAGUGCAGCAGGCGUGGAUAUUUCUUGUUGGGUUGACCUUCCACACUUGCAUCAUGCUUGAGGUUAGUACCGAUGACACUACCGAGUCGUCUACAUCCGUCCAUACGUCGAAGCGCAGUUGCGGGUACCGCCCGGUCCGAUAUGGCGAUGAAGCCGAAGCUGGACCAACGACAGACCGGCCCCUCCUACACGCGCUCUCCACUACUGCCCCGCCCCCGGUCACGACAUGUCGCAGGAUUGCUGCUGAGUAA